UCUACUAGUAGAACGCUCGCGUUCGGCCGCGCUGCCGUGAUUGGAGGACUACAGCAGCGCGUAGCUGUGAUUGGAGGACUGAAUCAGGGCUCAUCGCGUUACGCUCACGAGUGGAAUGUUCCCUCACACAGAGGCACAACUAGAAAGAAAAGAACGAGAGAAACCGGAGAAAAACGUCCUGGAAAGCUGGAGAAAAUCACCUAAAACCUCCCCACGGAAAGUCUGUAGAAUUCACGGUUUAAAAUAGACCGUCGUCACGAGUCAUAAGUUCUAAUUUGGAAGGAUUUUGAGUUGUUUGAGCGGCUUCAUCAAAUAGGUACUACAAAGGUUUUCCACAGGAGUUUGUGGCUUUGUUCUGUGAUCAGCUCCAGACAGAAGACUCUUAAUGCUGAUACUCAUGCGAACCCUUCAUCAUCAUGUGCUGCCACACUUGCUACCCUGUGAGGGUCUUAAACAAGAGGAGGCUGUAAGGAGGCCUUGAAGUCUUCAUCACGCUCACAUACUCUUCCUCAGUCUACUUGCCUUCACAGCCAAUUGGCCACUUUGUUUGUCUCAAAAGUGGCAGAGUACGGCACAACCAAGACAUCUAUAUAGUUUCGGAUCUCAGCCAGCAUGAUAAAAACCACUUCCUUGGUCAUCGUCUUUGGCAUUUUGGGAGCUGCCGUCCUUCUCUCGCCGUCGGCUGAGGGUGGGCAGAACCCAGACUACAUGCUUCACGGCACUGGGGUCAAGCCCGGAUCGGAUCCAAAGAGACCCCCGGGGACAGGGGACGGGUCCACCGUUGCUCCAGAGGAUGCUGCCCGCUUCCUUAGCUGCCACUGCUCAGGCCACUGUCCCGAAGAUGCCACGAACAACACCUGCGAGACGAACGGCCAGUGUUUUGCUAUCAUAGAGGAGGAUGAGCACGGCGAGGCUCUCCUCACCUCUGGCUGCAUGAAAUAUGAGGGCUCCCACUUCCAGUGCAAGGACUCUCCUAAUGCUCAGACCAGACGGACCAUAGAGUGCUGUUCCACUGAUUUCUGUAAUAGAGACCUUCAGCCCACACUUCCCCCUCCUAUUUCUGGAAAGCCUCAGUUAUGGAACGCCCACUUGCUGGCCUUCUUGAUCUCCGUGACGGUGUGUUGCUUCACUUUGGUAGCCAUCACUGUGGUGUGUUACUACAGGUAUAAGCUGCAGACAGGACGGAGACGAUACCAGAGAGAUCUGGAGCAGGACGAGGCCUUCAUUCCUGCAGGAGAGUCUCUCAAAGAUCUUAUUAGUCAGUCUAGCACUGGCUCCGGUUCAGGGCUCCCCCUGCUGGUCCAGCGCACUAUUGCUAAACAAAUUCAGAUGGUACGUCAGAUCGGGAAGGGGAGGUAUGGAGAAGUGUGGCUUGGUCGCUGGAGAGGAGAAAAGGUGGCGGUGAAAGUCUUCUUUACCCGUGAAGAGGCCAGCUGGUUCAGAGAGACUGAGAUUUACCAAACGGUGCUCAUGAGACACGAAAAUAUACUUGGCUUUAUAGCUGCAGAUAUUAAGGGCACGGGCGCGUUCACUCAGCUUUUCCUCAUCACGGACUACCACGAGAACGGUUCUCUCUAUGACUAUCUGAAAUACACCACCCUGGACACACAGGCUCUGUUGAGGCUGGCUUAUUCUGCAGCCUGCGGCCUUUGCCACCUCCACACAGAGAUCUACGGCACACAGGGCAAACCUGCCAUCGCUCACAGAGACCUGAAGAGCAAAAACAUCCUCAUAAAGAAGAAUGGCACAUGCUGCAUCGCUGAUCUGGGCCUGGCUGUGAAAUACAACAGUGAUACCAAUGAGGUGGACGUCCCUCUGAGCACAAGGAUGGGGACACGACGGUACAUGGCACCAGAAGUCCUAGAUGAGACCUUAAAUAAGAACCAAUUCCAAGCGUACAUAAUGGCUGAUAUUUACAGCUAUGGUCUUAUUGUUUGGGAAAUGGCUCGUCGGUGUGUGACAGGAGGUAUUGUUGAGGAGUAUCAGUUGCCAUACUGGGACAUGGUACCUUCAGAACCGUCCUAUGAGGACAUGAGGGAAGUGGUAUGCGUUAAAGGCAUGCGGCCCGUGGUGUCAAAUCGCUGGAACAGUGAUGAGUGCUUACGGGCCAUGCUAAAGCUCAUGUCUGAAUGCUGGGCGCACAACCCAGCCUCUCGCCUCACGGCUCUUCGAGUCAAGAAAACACUUGCCAAAAUGGUUGAAUCACAGGAUAUCAAAAUAUGAUCAGUUUUCCCUCCAAUGCCAGUCUGAGAGAAACCGUGGAGAUAUUUAUGCUCACUUUUAUGAAUUAUUGCCUCAGUUCCUAAACAGACCAGUGGGGGCGCUGCUGAGCAGAACACUUGCCUCCCUGUAAGGCUGUAAUUGCUCGCCCUGUUGCAGUACUGCUCUUAGUGUCAUGUAGCACCCUCUGCUGGACAGUAUGUGCCAUAACGCAUCCACGAGGAACUAAGGACAACUGCUCUGCAGGCAUCGGUACUCACAUCCCCAUCGCCACCAUUCUUUUCCUUCUUCGGGCGCUCUUUUAUAUAUUGGGAGGGAAUUGAAGAGCAUAAGGUGCUUUCUGUGAAAGCUGUGUUUUAUGAUACGUCUGUAUGGAGGAGUGGCAUGGAGCCGUUUGGAAGAAGGCGACUUGAGAGGCGGACAUAUUUGGGGUGAUAUUUGGACUAAACCCCCAACCGUAUGCUUGGGAUAUGCUCCGGUGUGGCUAGAGUCACAAAAUGGCAACUCAUGCAGCUGUGCCACUGAAACAUCAGGAGUGAACGCACCCUGUUUAAUUCAAAUUAUAUAUAUUGUAUAAAACAAAAAAAGUCCCGUUAACUACAUAUUGAUAUUUUAAUUAAUAGCCUUUUUGAAAAAUUAUUCCCUCAACUGCUUUCCUUCCUGAGAAUCUGUCCAUUAGAUGUUCAAAAACUGAGGGUUUUCUAGUUGAAACCUUCCCAUUUUAUGAAAACUUUCAGGUAUAAUGACAGGAGUGAUGUGAUCAUGUUCCAGCUCUGGCCUGAAGAAUUGAAGUACCACCAGUCAAAUAUUGCCAACACCGCUGUCAUGUUAGGAUUUAUUAAUCUAGAAGACAUGGUGACUUUCAAUCUUGCUGAUAUUGCAGGUGUGUCGGUGCAGAUGUAUGCCCACUGCUCCCGGAUGCCUCAUAAACAUUGUAUUUUAUCCAAUAUCCUUCAAGUCAACCUCACUAUAUCACAUCUGAUUCGUCAGCGUCAGAUUGGAUUGCUGUUUUCAAUGCCUCAUUUAAACAGAUUUGCCUUGAAUCUAAUGUUGUGAUGCUUGGGAAUCAUAUGACUCAUAAAUGUCUAAUGUGAUAGAAUAAUGCAAAUGCAUGUGCUAUUUAUUCAUGUCAUGUCAUAUAAUAUGAAUUACUGUGGUAAGAUAUUUUUACUUGCAGGACUAUUAACACUGUUCUUGCAACUGACAUUCUCAAUGUUUUUUACAGAGCAGCUCAACCUUUCGAAUACUAAAUUUAUGAAAGAUGAAAUUCUACAUUUAAUGACUUCCUAUGAAAGUGUGGGUGUGAAUUAUCAUUAUUUGUCAUUGCUAUAAAGUGUAAAAUUAGACCCUUUAUCUGUAUUUUACUGAAAAGACAGAACAGCCAACUUUAGUUCACCUUUCAUAUACAAGACAAGACAUUUUUUCAUAAAUGUAUGUGAAUGCAUUUUUUAGCGUAAUCUCACAUUUAAAUCACAUUGCUUUAUUAGCACUUGUGGAAAUUACAGGUUUAACUUUAAAACCAGGGUUCUUUGCCUUGAAAAACAAGUUGGUCAUUCCCGCCUUCAAAUCAUACAGGUACAAAAACUAUUGCAUUGUAGAUUCAGAUCUCCCAUAGGUUGUCUUUUCUUAUUGUUUGGGUUGCAAUUGUGCUCAAGCCUAUUCUGUCCAUUACAAUCAUGCCAGUUGCCCUGUAAUUCCCAUUUGAACUAAUUUAAGCUCAUCUGUCUAGAUAAAUGACUACACAAUGUUUUUGUCUUAAUGUUUUAAUGUGUAAGGAAACAUGUAAAAUGGCCUGAAUAAUAUGAACUUUUUUUUAAUUGUGCACAACAUCUGGUUUAAAGAGAGGUGCCUUAUGUUUACCAAGAAAAGCUGUUCUGUACACAGAAUUAGUCCAAUGUAUCAAUUUUUAAGUAAAUUA